AUGAGCACACGGCUGGGGCUUCGGGAGCGACUCGAGCUCUCUCGCCUCAAGCUCGAAGCCUCAUCACCAGCCGCCACGAGUGCGGUCGCCCCCGAAGAAGACACACCGGGCGACGACGACAGCAUCGAUGGCGAACCGUCCGAGGACGCUCUGGACGACGACGACGGUGACGGUGACGAUGAUACCAUCAACCAAGGCGAGGAAGAGGACGACGACGACGAAGAGCCAUUGCAGCAGCCGACCGGGGGGCGCCCCCGCACACUCAAGCUCCAGCACAGUCGUUUCCCCAAUCGCACCCCCACUAUUUGUUUUGACUACCCGCUGGAUUUACACGUCGAGCGAACGUAUCCAGCGGGUGUCAACACGAGCGACGCCCCGGCCGAGGCAAACAUUGUCUUUUUCAAGUGCUACUGGGAGCGCAACUGCGUCAAGAACGCAUUUGUGCGUGCGGGCUUUCGCCGGCUUCUCAAAGGAAAGAAGUGGACGGGGGCGUGGAUCAAGCACUUGCCUCGGACCGCGUUCAAGGCGCUGCAAGCCCACCAGAAAAUCAACCACUUUCCCGAUCCGUGGGUCAUUGGCCGGAAAGAUCGGCUCAUGAAGACCAUUAGCGCCAUGAAGCGGACGUUUCCGGCGGCGUACAGCUUUGUGCCCGAAGGGUUCUUGCUGCCCGGACAGCUCGAUGCGUUCAUGCGCUGUCUGGACCGUGAGACCGGACCGUCCAUGUGGAUCUUUAAACCGCCGGCGUCGGCGUGCGGUCGUGGCAUCAAGGUCGUUCACUCGUCCCAGCUCGAAAAGCAGCUCAAGAAAAAACGCAAGUGGGUUGUCCAGCGGUACCUCUCGUCGCCGUAUUUGAUCCACGGCUACAAGUUUGACUUGCGCAUCUACGUCGUCGUCACGUGCUUUGACCCGCUUCGCAUCUACCUCUUUGAGGAAGGCCUCGCGCGCUUUUGCACGGUGCCCUACGACACGGAGGCGGCCCACCUCAAGAACCGGCUCAUGCACUUGACCAACUUUAGCAUCAACAAGAACAACGAGCGCUUUAAAGCAUCGAGUGGCCCGACGUCGACCGACGGCAGCAAGUGGAGCCUCACGGCGCUGCUUGCGCACCUUGAAAGCGACGGCAAGGACGUUGCAACGUUGCAAGGCAAGCUCCAUGCGAUCAUUUGCAAGACCAUCAUUGCCGCCGAAGCGCACAUUGCACCCUUGACGCAGACGUACGUCAAGCACCGCCACGCGUGCUACGAGCUCUUUGGCUUUGACUUGAUGCUCGACGCGACGCUGGAGCCGUGGCUCAUUGAAGUGAACGUGUCGCCGUCCCUUAUGGGGUCGUCGCCGCUCGAUAAGCGCAUCAAGGGCCUCCUCAUGAGCGAUAUUUUUCAUCUCGUGGGCCACGAAGCGCCACAUGCAGCGAUGGGGCGCGAAAAGAAGAAACCACCGAGCACGUCGUCGCGCAAGCUGUUUGAUAUCGUGCACGACCCCAAGAUCACGCAACUCGACGCGAGCCACAUUGCCCUUUUCUGCGACGACGACUGGGACAUUGUCCAUAGUAUGGAAGACGAGAUGGACCGUCUCGGGCACUUUCGCCGCCUGUACCCGACCGAAACGAGCGAAGACCCUUACGCUGCGUUCUUUGCGUGUGCACGGUAUGCGAAUCGGCUCUGCUUCAAGUGGCUCCAGACGCGACGCCGCCACGUCCUUGCCAAGAAAGCGAGUCGCGCGCCGCCAAUGAAGGCGUCGUCCAAGUCGCUCCUUUUGAAGUAA